GAUCAGGCAGCGCUCCCUUCCUCCUCCUGCAGCUUGCCAGAGACCCUGCUCCCAGGGGCAUCUCCUCUGGCCUGGUUCUGGGGGGUGGAGGCUGAGGGUCUGGGGUGAGUGUAGAGGCACUGCCCUGUGGCCCAGCCCCCUACAGCUCCCUCCCUUCUGCUCUCUCUGCAGCUCCAGAGUGGGGCUGCUCCCAGGCCUGGCUGUCUGCUUGGAUGGCGCAGCCCCAGAGCUCCUGCCGCCACCGCCACCGCUGCGGGGCUGCUGCUUGCCUGGAGAGCCGGCUGGUGGGGGAGAGGACACUAACCCCGAACUGUUGGAGAGAGGAAGUGGAGGGGCUGUGGGAUGCAGAGAGCCUAGGGCGAACUCCCGGACAGCGGAACCCAGAGAGCUGCCGACAGACGCACGCCCGAGCAGCAUCCUCAGCAUGACCAGCGUGGCCCCUGCAAAGAAACCCUACCGCAGGGCUCCGCCUGAACACCGAGAGUUACGGCUGGAAGCUCCUGGGGCCCGACUGGAGCAAGAGGAGUCCCUGACCGACACAGAGAAGAUGAAGCUCUUGCAGCAGGAAAAUGAGGAGCUCCGCAGGCGCCUGGCUUCGGCUACCAGGCGCACUGAGGCCUUGGAACGUGAGCUAGAAAUCGGGCAGGACUGCCUGGAGCUGGAACUGGGCCAGAGCCGAGAGGAGCUGGACAAGUUCAAGGACAAGUUCCGCAGGCUACAGAACAGCUACACUGCUUCCCAGCGGACCAACCAGGAGCUAGAGGACAAGCUGCACACACUGGCCUCUCUUAGCCACAGCUGGAUUUUUGCAAUCAAGAAGGCAGAGAUGGACAGGAAGACACUAGACUGGGAGAUCGUGGAGCUGACCAACAAGCUCCUGGAUGCCAAGAACACCAUCAACAAGCUGGAGGAGCUCAAUGAGCGGUACCGGCUGGACUGCAAUCUGGCAGUGCAGUUGCUCAAGUGCAACAAGUCCCACUUCCGGAACCACAAGUUCGCCGAUCUGCCCUGUGAGCUACAGGACAUGGUUCGUAAGCAUCUGCACACUGGUCAAGAGGCUGCCAGUCCUGGCCCCGCCACCAGCCCGGCCCCUGGGGCCGUGGUGCCCACCUCUGUCAUCGCCCGGGUGCUGGAGAAACCCGAGUCUCUGUUGCUCAAUUCAGCCCAGUCAGGCAGCACUGGAUACCCCUUGGCCGAGGAUGUCUUUGUGCAUGUGGACAUGAGCGGAGGCGCCCCAGGGGACCCAGCUACGCCCCCAAGCCCUGGAAGCCCGACCCCCCAACCUAAUGGGGAGUGUCAUUCUCCGGACACUGCAGGAGGACCCCCAGAAGAGGAGCUGCCCGUGCCAGCCUUUGAAAAACUAAGCCCAUACCCCACCCCAUCCCCACCACACCCGCUCUAUCCCGGCCGCAAGGUGAUUGAGUUCUCGGAGGAGAAGGUGCGCGUUCCCCGGAACAGUCCACUGCCCAACUGUACCUACGCCACCCGCCAGGCCAUCUCCCUGAGCCUGGUGGGGGAUGGCACUGAGCAGGCUAGGCCCACCCUGGGGCCCAGCAGCAGCAGUAGCCCCGCCUCGGCCCAAGCCUCACCCCACCACCAGCCCAGCCUGGGUUCGGUCACACUCAGUGCGCCGGCCAGCUCGGCCAGCUCCGAGGAGGACCUGUUGGCCAGCUGGCAGCGGGCCUUCGUGGACCGUGCUCCGCCGCCUGCCGCUGUGGCCCAGCGUACCGCCUUUGGCCGGGACGCACUCCCUGAGCUGCAGCGCCAUUUUGCUCUCUGCACGACCGACGGAGACGAGGUGGUGGAGGUGUCAUCCUCCGGCAGCAAGAGUAGACUUUCUCCACAGACAGACACUGUUGUGCCUGGCUUUCCCAGGGAGGAGGAGGAGGAGGAGCUGAACCUGCCUGUGAGCCCGGAGGAGGAGCGCCAGAGCCUGCUGCCCACGGAUGGCGGCAGUGGCAGUGACCUGCGGCCCGACACUCCCCCCACCGAGGUCUCAGCCUGGCCACGCCCCAGCUGCAGCCGCCCCCAGCGCAGCCCCAAGAGGAUGGGGGUGCACCACCUGCACCGCAAGGAUAGCCUGACUCAGGCCCAGGAGCAGGGCAACCUUCUCAAUUAGUGACCUUCACCUUCUUGCCCUCGCUCCCGGCCACGCACGGGCAGGCAGCCUGGCACCAGGUGGCCCCCUGGUGUCGGGUUAGCUGGAGGCCCGGCACCUUGCAGCCAUACUGACCCCCUGGCCUUGUCUUGCCUCGUGGUUUUUUUCCUUUUUCAUCCUCCAUGGUUGCCCACAGCAGGGGGAGCAUCAGGCCUUCAGGCCGCUCCACAGCAGCAGCGUAUGCUGAGGGCAGUGUCAGUGUUCGCCUCCAU